UCCUCUCGCCGCCGACUAGCUCAAAGGAGUCACCAGUGCGCGCGCUGCAGGAGAGAGUGGCAGACCGAGGCGGCCCCAGGCUGCAAGCAGAGGGGUGCUCGCAAGGCGACGGCUGCAGUGCAGACACCGCUCAGGGCAGGGGGUUCCCGGCGCCUGGAACGCUCUAUUCUGGACCGCGAGUGGAUGAUGCUGUUGCAGCCGAGCUGCUGAACACUCUCCGCGGACUCUUCGCUGCUGCACCUUGCCCAUCAGCCAAGAGAAAAUGGAAGACUCCUACAAGGAUAGGACUUCACUGAUGAAGGGCGCCAAGGACAUUGCCAAAGAGGUGAAGAAGCAGACGGUGAAGAAGGUGAACCAGGCAGUGGACCGGGCCCAGGAUGAAUACACCCAGCGGUCCUACAGUCGGUUCCAGGAUGAAGAUGACGAUGACGACUACUACCCUCCUGGCGAAACCUACAGUGCGGAGGCCAAUGAUGACGAAGGCUCAAGUGAGGCCACUGAAGGUCACGAUGAGGAGGAUGAGAUCUAUGAAGGGGAGUACCAGGGCAUCCCCAGCACGAACCAAGGGAAGGACAGCAUCGUGUCCGUAGGACAGCCCAAAGGCGAUGAAUACAAGGACCGCAGAGAGCUGGAGUCAGAGAGGAAGGCUGAUGAGGAAGAGCUCGCCCAGCAGUAUGAGCUGAUAAUCCAAGAGUGUGGCCACGGCCGUUUCCAGUGGGCCCUUUUCUUCGUCCUGGGCAUGGCUCUCAUGGCAGAUGGCGUGGAGGUGUUUGUGGUGGGCUUCGUGUUACCCAGUGCGGAGACGGACCUAUGCAUACCAAAUUCAGGAUCUGGAUGGCUAGGCAGCAUAGUGUACCUCGGGAUGAUGGUGGGGGCGUUCUUCUGGGGAGGACUGGCAGACAAAGUAGGAAGGAAGCAGUCUCUUCUGAUUUGCAUGUCUGUCAACGGAUUCUUUGCCUUCCUUUCUUCAUUUGUCCAAGGUUACGGCUUCUUUCUCGUCUGUCGGUUGCUUUCUGGAUUCGGGAUUGGAGGCGCCAUUCCCACUGUGUUCUCCUACUUCGCUGAAGUCCUGGCGCGGGAGAAGCGGGGUGAGCACCUCAGUUGGCUCUGCAUGUUCUGGAUGAUCGGUGGCAUCUACGCUUCCGCCAUGGCCUGGGCCAUCAUUCCCCACUACGGGUGGAGCUUCAGCAUGGGUUCGGCCUACCAGUUCCACAGCUGGCGCGUCUUCGUCAUCGUCUGUGCGCUCCCGUGCGUCUCCUCUGUGGUGGCCCUCACCUUCAUGCCGGAAAGUCCUCGGUUCUUGCUCGAGGUGGGGAAACAUGAUGAAGCCUGGAUGAUCCUGAAGUUAAUUCAUGACACCAACAUGAGAGCCCGGGGCCAGCCCGAGAAGGUCUUCACGGUUAAUAAAAUCAAGACUCCCAAACAAAUAGAUGAGCUGAUUGAAAUUGAGAGCGACACGGGAACAUGGUACAGGAGGUGUUUUGUUCGGAUCCGCACCGAACUGUAUGGAAUUUGGCUGACGUUUAUGCGAUGCUUUAACUACCCAGUCAGAGAAAACACCAUUAAGCUCACCAUUGUCUGGUUCACCCUGUCCUUCGGGUACUACGGGUUGUCCGUUUGGUUCCCUGAUGUCAUUAAACAUCUCCAGUCGGACGAGUAUGCACUGCUAACUAGAAAUGUGCAAAAGGAUAAAUAUGCAAACUUCAGCAUUAACUUCACCAUGGAGAACCAGAUCCACACCGGAAUGGAAUACGACAACGGCAGGUUCCUCGGAGUCAAGUUCAAAUCGGUAACCUUCAAAGAUUCGGUGUUUAAGUCCUGCACCUUUGACGACGUGACCUCAGUCAACACCUACUUCAAGAACUGCACAUUUAUUGAUACCCUUUUUGAUAACACAGAUUUUGAGCCCUAUAAAUUCAUAGACAGUGAAUUUCAGAACUGCUCAUUUCUUCACAACAAGACGGGGUGCCAGAUUACUUUCGAUGAUGACUAUAGUGCCUACUGGAUUUACUUUGUCAACUUUCUUGGGACAUUGGCAGUGCUGCCAGGAAAUAUCGUGUCUGCUCUCCUGAUGGACAGGAUCGGGCGUUUAACCAUGCUAGGAGGCUCCAUGGUGCUCUCGGGGAUCAGCUGCUUCUUCCUGUGGUUUGGCACCAGUGAAUCCAUGAUGAUAGGCAUGCUCUGCUUGUAUAAUGGACUGACCAUCUCUGCGUGGAAUUCUCUCGAUGUCGUCACGGUGGAACUGUACCCCACAGACCGGAGAGCCACGGGCUUCGGCUUCCUGAACGCCCUCUGUAAAGCGGCGGCCGUCCUGGGAAACUUGAUCUUUGGCUCCUUGGUCAGCAUCACCAAAGCCAUCCCCAUCCUGCUGGCUUCCACCGUGCUCGUGUGUGGAGGACUCGUGGGGCUGCGCCUGCCGGACACACGAACCCAGGUUCUGAUGUGACGUGACAAAAGCCAUUCCCUUCUCCCACCGUGGGUCGGUCCUAUUGCCUGACUCCAAAGCUUCAGAGUUUUUAUGUAUAGAAAGGUGGCCAAGUAUCAGAACACAAACUUUUGCUGUGGUGUAACGUGUAGCUGCGUAUUGUCUUACCCCUCCAGUGUGUGAUUUGCAGGGUUUUUUUUUUCCCCAUGCGCUGUUUUUUCCUAACUGUGAUGUUCCUGCUUCCCAGUGCCCAGUGGAAGUGUUCCUAAAAUGUCCUAGUUGACCAGGCUUUGCCGAGGACUACAUUCCCCAAGAAUCUAAACCGCCUGUGCUGGCGUAAGAAAUAGACCCUGCUCCUGACGCUCUAUUAACAGGAAGUUUAAGUUGGCAUAAUUGAGUUUGUGCUAAGGAAAGGGAUUUCUUUUUCUUUCUUUCUUCCUUUCUUUUUUUUUUUUCUUUUUCUUUUUCUCAUACAGAGUGAUAUUUCCUGUUUACUUAGAAAAAAGGACAGCCAGCCAGCCACUCUAGCUGUUACACCAGAGUGUUUCAAGAAAAUUGUGUGACGCCAAGCACUUCUGGGCGGGGCUUUUUCGGGCAGGAGGAUUAAAGGUGAUUUUGUUAACAAGAAAAAUGUAAAGUCUGUCCCCAGUUGGCAACAAAACCCUACUUGAGCUGCAGAAGGCAAAUUUUUAGAUAGGAAUUGGUAAGAAAAACACAACCAAAGCCAUUUGGAAACACAGAAGGGAGCCUCUCUCAUACUGUCCCUUGAGGGUCAACACCACCCACCCUCCUUUGAUCGACUGUCCACUGUCACUUUUUAGCCCAAAUCUCCACAUCAGGUCAUGUCCUUCCAGUGUCCCCAGGCUGUGGGCUCCUAGCCUUGUGUCUGCACAGUUUCUGAGCCGGCCUGCUCUCUUAAGCAGCCCCCCAGCAGGCGGGACAGCAUUUCCUGGUGGGUGGAUAUCUGCUUUUACCUCUGGAAUCUUCAUGAGCAAGGAAGGAGGGGUCAGCAGGACGUUCCCACGGGCCAGCUGUCAGCUAAAGGACCUUUGAGUCUCUUGCCCAACGCCCCUCCCCCCAGGCCCAUCCUUUUACACAUCUUUGAAAUCUGAAGCCUCCUUGUAGAUUUGCAGCCUGUGAUAACAACCAGCGUAAGGCCUGUGUUUAAACAGCAUUCUCCUUUUAACUGCCUCUGUCUUGUUGGAGGGGGAAUCCUCUUUGCUUAUUUUACGCUUUUCUUGCAUGACCACAGCCCGGGGGCUUCCAGAGAAAGGGAACUUCUGUUCCCAAGAACCAUUCUGUUCAGAGAUGGCCCUGCUCCCUGGAGUCCCCUCUGCCUCGCCUCCCUUCCCCUCGCACAUCCCCUGAUCCCUCCUGGAGCUGAAAUUCUGUGAAAAGCUCUUUGAUUAACAUAAGCCAUUAAUCCACUGCCCCCAUUAAGUAAUUCAGGCUUGGCGGAGGGGGCAGCGUCGUCAUCGAGUUAAGAUGGGAAGCUGCGGAGAGAAAGUGGUUCCCUGCAGAUCAUGUGAGUACUGGGACAUCAAGGCUCUGAGAGCCAGAGCUGCAGAGCUGACCAGAAAUCUUCGAAGCAUGAUUGAUUUGAAAGACACCAACAAGGCAGGGCCAGAACAGAAUUCGCUUCUGUUUCUCGUCCCUGGGAAGCAAAUCUGUAUUUUAAAAGCCUAAGGAUUAUCUCUAUAUUUUUUCUAUGCAGGCUCGUUUCUCUCUCCUAUUUACACCAUGAUGAUUUUCUUUUUUGAAAAGACAUGUUUGAGGCCCAGAGCAGACCUUUUGGUUGAACGUGCUGCAAAAGUAAGAUAUGAACCCCCUUAUCUUCCCAUUCAAAAGAAAAACACACAAAUGCAAAGGCAUUGCUCUCUCUACUCUGGCGUGCUGUGGUGGUGAUCUUACUGGAUAGUCUUUACUCUCAAAUUGUCCCUGUUUUAGCUACAACAAGUACAUUCCAAACUGCAAGACACAGUUAUUCAGAACUUUAUCUGGAUGCUGGGUUGGGUCAGCAUGGGAUGACCCAACAGAACCCUUCUUUAUAAGACCAUCUGUCCCCUUCAGAAGAACCGUUUCUGUCACCUACCCCAAGCUUCCCAGGUGGCCCAAGAGGGAUCUCUUCUAUAACCUCCUGGACAAUCAGUGGUCACAAACCUUCUUGGUCACUGUCUUGCCCACUCCCCACACAUUUCCCUCAGUCCCUUCACUGCGUGUAACCUUUCUUCUCCACGACAGGGCUCUUGUUGCUUCUCAAAUACAUGCUGUGGCUUGUUCAGGUAUAAUUAGAGGUUAAGAUCCCACCAUGAGAUUCGACGGAAGCCCCAGUUAUAUGAGUGUCACGGGCCUUGACACCAGGGUAGACAUCUACCAUCCCGUGUCAUUCACGUGCAGGAAAAGGACAUUGAAAGCUGUUUCAGAAAUGACACAGCUCCAUCUGUACCUGCAUCUUGAACCCCUUUUCUAACUAAAAUCCCCACCAUUACUCCUCAGAAUCAGGCCAGAAUGCUCCCAUGUUUUAUUAUCUCUGACUCCUCUCAAGAGGAAAGAAAAUGAAUAAUAACACCAGCUAACCAGCUGUUCUGAGCUGUGACUUCUGUGAGACGCUCUGCCCUACGUAUUGGGUCGUAUUGGGUCGUAAGCCUCACGCUCAGGCCUGCUUCCCGAUUCAUCUCAUACUAGUACUGUCCCAUGACCCAAAAGCAAUGGGUCCUUAACCGGGCAGAGAUCUUUCUAAGGAGAAGGAACUUAAUCUUAGCCAAAAGGCCAAGAAUUGAGUCACUGGGCAUACUGGUCCUGUUUCUCCAUCUAUAGAGAAAAAGAAUGGUUCUAUUUUAUUCUCUAAGAGAAUAAGCAAGUCUCUAAGGAGGGCGGGAGUUGGCUUUGGAAGACCUCAUACAAUAGGCUAAAGCACUUGUCCUGUUGCCCAUGCCCAUCCCCUGGGUUUUAAGUGCUUCUCAGUUCAGAGCCAUUGUUAUCUACACAGGGAAUGGACGGGCCCCUGAAGACACACUGCAGUUAGAAGACAAACACUUGGAAGUAGACCACACAUGGCUGUAUCCUAGAGUCCCCCAUCCAUCUACUUCACCAUUUUCUCAAAAUGCUGCCUUAAAUGGAUGUAGGCCACCAGGUACAGUGCUUCUGUAACAAGGGUUACACAUAGAUUGGUAGAUGGGCCCUCAUUUACAAAUCUCAUCCAGUCAGAGCUCAAGUUUGCACCAAAACCUCACUCAAUUUCAGAAUAUCUUAGGAGAUCAACGGGGAGGAAGGGGUGUGACAACCAAGGGGGAGUCCAGUGUUCCAUUGAUAACGUUCCAGCAAUGAGAUUAGCGCACCUGGGAGACAUUCUAAACUCUAGGAUUGUUUCCAGAGCAUUCCGUGGGAACACUUCCUGCCAACCACAAUAGAAUAUGAUAUUCUCCAACUUGUGUCUACCUUCUAUCGAAAAGGUUUUUCCCUAGUUCUUCAUCAAGAUGUCUUAUUUGUUCAUGUACAAAAGGCUUUGAGACCAGGAUGCCUAGAUUUAACCUUCACCUGGAACGAUAGACAAUUAACAUAUUGUUUGGGGCCUAGUGGCUAUAUAUCAGAUUUCCUUUAAAUCCCAUAUUGUGCCAAACAUAGUUACCAACUACCCCUACCCCUCACCCACCCACCCCAAAAAUAGGCAUGCUGACACAACAAACACAUCUACACAGUGGAGUGCCCUGGAGUGGCCUGUGUGUUUGUUCAUGUUUGCAUUCUGCUGAGCAAAGUAGCUAUUUUAGGUAAAAUGUCUCUUGUCAUCUGACCAAAGGAAGUUGUCAGGAUCUCUUAGCCAUAGUGCACGCCCUUUCCCUGUUUCAGGAAGCUGGCAGCUCUUCACAUACUGUUCUGUCACUUUCACUCUUGACUGUCCCAUUCCCCUGUCAGCAGUCUCUCACCAACCACACGCAAGCCAUCGAUCGAUUGCCAGGGCUUCCCUACACUUUUCUCAACACCCAGAUGCAGUUUAAUGAGCCCAGCAUUUCGAGCCACAGGGUACACAGCCUGUGUGUCUGUUAGCUUACUGCUUAAACCAGUGGAGCUGGGUAGAGGAGAGAGUUGAGUAGAGUUCAUCUGUCUCUUCUUUCACAUGCUUUUUGGGCUAAUACCAUCUAAGGCUUGGCCUCCAGUGUGCUAGGUGUUGAGACAUUGGACUGUAUGCAGGUUUUUAACCCUUUGCAGUGUUUCUUUGAGAACACAGAGCAGGGAAUGACAGACAAGGCAGUCAUAUCUUAUAUUAGGUCUCUAUCAAUGUCUUAGUUUUCCAAGUAUUAAGCAAGUUAUCUACAACGAACAGGUAGUACAAGAACUAUGCAUGGCUGGGGGUUACCUGAGACAGAAUGAACCACUUCUAGGGUGUAUUAAACAGUACUUGAAAACACACACACACACACACACACACAUUCAUGUCUAUGUUUCUUUAAAUGGUCUCAACAGGAAAUUGCACUAAGAUAUUGAUCAAAGAACAGACAGCAGCAAAGAGAGCCAGUGCCUCUCUGGAGAUGUUUGUUUCUCCAGAGCUGUUCUAUAUGGGGAGCUAGGCAGUAAGUGCGCCCUCUGGGCAUGAGAGAAGCUCUCUUUUCAGGGCCUCAGCAUACCUGAGACCAACCUCUAAGUCAACCCUCCUGGGGGUGUUUCCUUUCUGAUGGUAGAGAUUUGUGACCCAGUCGCACUGUCUUGCAGACUUUCCCCUUCUUGUGCCUCUGCAGAUAAGCCACCAGAGAGCAGGUUCUGACCCCAGGAGGCCAGGGAGCUUACAGGUUCUAGUGUGAAAUGGGCUGCAAGGUUGUUGCCAAGUGUUUUGAAGCUGCAAAGGAUCUUUGGGGUUCUGGGUCCCCCAAGGAAGCAAGACUAAGAGGGUGUAGUCUCUGGCACCCUUGUCUGUGUAAGUACCUACACAGAGCUGAAGGCCAGAUGCUUAAACUACAACCAUUGCCCAUCCUUGGCCUGUCCCACCAUAUUUGCAUGGCCCCUAGAGCUAAGAAAAUUGAGAGCUACAAAGAGGCAACAGCUUUCAACCUUUGGUUCAAACUCAGAGAAGUUUUUACACCAAGCCAAAUACCUUCCCUGACAGCAAGGAGAUUCUGUCCCUGAGCAGCUCCUGGGCGCUCUGAGGACUGACCAGCCAGACCAGAAGGGAUGGUGUCAUCUAAAGCCAGCCAUGGCUAGGAACAGGCUCAACCUCAUUCUUAGAGCCAGUGGCUUACAUUUCAGAAAUUUUGAAAGGCAGUCAAGAAAUGUAACCAUCAUUGCAAUUAAAUCAGUUAUAUUUUAAAGCAAUAUAUAUUCAAAGCUCAUCACUUCCUACUUAUUUUCUACAUUUUAAAUUAGUCAUGCCUUUGAGGAAAGUAUGAUAUGCCUAUUACAUCUCUAUUUUGGAAGUAGUGUAAUAAUGGUGUCCCAAUGACAGGGUCAGUGACAUUAUGCUGACCUACCUCAUCCACAGCGGUAACAAUUACAUCACGGAAAGCGACAAAUGCUCCGGGUCAGACUCCUCCUACCCCUAUAUAACCCCAGGCAUUGGUAAACAUUUGCCAGUGUACCACUCUCUGAAGCCAUGAAGACUGUUUAACUUCCUAUAACUCGGCAGUAGCGAGCUUCCAUAACGUGUGCAGGGUCCUGGGUUUGUUGGGGAAAGAGGUGGGGCCUUCCAACAUACUGAUCCAAGACAGGUGGAGUUGAAUAUCCCCUUGGGCUUGUGAGUCAGCAUGACAUUCCUCAUAAGUCCAAGGGAAGGAAAGCUUUAGCAAGUGCUCAUGUCAAUACUCAAAGGCUUCUUUCCACAUUACUAAUUGGCUCAGACUAGGACCAGCCAUGCAGAGAACCCAUUGGCCUCUGGGUGUUGUUCCUUCAGGGAGAAUUGCAGUAAGUUAGCUAUUUCAUGCACUUUCCCAAAUGGGGUUUUAUAUUCUCUGCCUGACCCAGGAAUACACUGAAUAGACCAUGUGCUCCUAAUCAGGGUCUAGCUAAAGGAAAGCCCUAGAAGAGACCCGCUUCCACCUCGGACUAUAACCCCACCCUGCUUUUGGUCCUGUCCUUGGUUUGGGUGUGUGGGUGUUUGGCAUUGUAUUCGUUCUCUUUGCUAUAUUCAGUGCUCUGUCUGCUGUCCCACUGUGUGGUCCAGUCCCCCUGUUGUAGUGUAUAUCUGUGCUGCAUGUGUGACCCUCGGUAACUCCCACGUCAGCUUUCUGGAGUCUCCAUCAAGUUCUGCUGACCCUGCUGUGAACUCAUCCUUCUGGUAUGCUCCUUCGUGUCUCAUUUCUGAUUGCCAAAAUGUUGGGCCAAGUGUAUCUUCCCUAAAAGCCCCGAGACAGCCAUGUGCAUCCUUGUGACAGGGCAUGCUCCGUGUGGGAUGGCUCGUGUGCAGCGUAGAUGAUCACAUGUGGAAGUGUGUAUACAUUUAUAUGCCAGAUAACUAUCAUUCAUGUAACAGCUGCAAAGGUAUUUAAUGUACAUCAGAUUAAUAAAAGAGCAUUUUUGCUCCAUUAUAUUCAAAUAAA